AUGUUGCUCCGGGAUCGCUCCCAGUCGCUGCAGAAGCCGCCGGCGAUGGACGGGGCUGGAGCCGGAGCCGGGGACCGACCCGGGGCUGGAGCCGGGGCUGGAGCCGGGGCUGGAGCCGGGGAUGGAGCGGGUCGCUGCGGCCGGGAAUCGCCGGCUCAGGCCGUUGACAAACUGCGGGAGGUUUUUGAUGCAGUGUCCGCCGACAGCCCGGGCUUUAUCCGGGUGGACACCUUCAUCCACAUCGGGCUGCAGUUCAUGGACGGGCAGGAGCUGCAGAGAGUGGCCAGGUACCUGGACCCACAGAAUCUGGGACGGAUCAGCUUCGAGGAAUUCUGUCAGGGAAUCUUCGCCAUCAAAGGUUGCGAUGAUCGAUUGGGAUCUGUCCUGGGUCUGGAUAACCCUCACUUUGACAUGGUGUAUGAAGAUUAUUACUGUCACCAGGCUGCUCCUGGUACAGACAGUGGAUUCGAUUGUGAAUCAGCCGAGAGUGAGGGUGAGCUUUAUCCUGACGAUGACACCAUGACACUGGCGCAGCAGACCAUCCCCCAUGAACCGGACAUUGGCAGUGCCCAGACCCUCCACCCACCACACACAGCCAGACAGCAACACGAGGAUAACCACAUGGUGGACUUGGUCCUGCCUGGCACCCAACAAGACAAACCUCACUCACUGUCAGCGGUCUCUGAGCCCUCCACCAGCUCGCUCCUCAGCACUGAGGAACAGUAUGAAGAUUAUGGAGAAGCUGAUGAUACCGACUUCAUUCCCAGCAGCCCGUGUCUGGAUGAUGAGGGCAGAGCCAAUGCUUUCUCUGACCUGGGAUCCUCCGUUUCCUCCAGUGCUGGCCAAACCCCACGGAAGAUGAGGACGGUGUUUGGCAGCGAGCUGCUCGAUGUCUAUUGUUCCCAGUGCUCUAAGAAGAUCAAUUUACUCAAUGACCUGGAGGCACGCCUCAAAAAACUGAAAGCAAACAGCCCCAACAGGAAGAUCUCAUCCACGGCCUUUGGAAGGCAGCUCUUCCACAGCAGUAACCUGAGCAGCAGCGAUGGCAGCACCGAAGACCUGUUCCGAGACAGCAUUGACUCCUGUGACAACGACAUCACUGAGAAGGUGAACUAUCUGGAGAAGAAGGUGUCGGAGCUGGAGAGUGACUGCCUGGUGAAUGGAGACCAGAAGAGUAAACUCAAACAGGAAAAUACCCAACUGGUUCACAGGGUCCAUGCGAUGGAGGAGCAGCUGAGAGACCAGGAAAGCCGGGCAGAGCAACUGUUCCAGGAGGAGCUGAAGAAACACCAGGAGCUGCUCAGUAAACUGGAGCGAGAGAAGAACGCCGAAAUCGAGAUGCUGACAAACAGGGCUCAGCAGCUGGAGGAGGAAUCCAAUCAGUUAAAGACCACAGCCACUCGGUUAAAGAGUCAAACAGAGAAACUGGACGAGGAACACCAGAGAAUCACAUACAAACUGGAGGACACCAGCCUGCGCCUGAGGGACGAGAUGGACCUUUACAAGAAGAUGGUGGACAAGAUGAGGAGAAACCGACAGGAGUUUCAGAAAGAGCGAGAGGUGAUGCAGGAGCUGAUUGAGGAUUUGCAGAAGGAGCUGGAAUAUUUGCACUUGUAUAAGCUGGAAGUGGAGCGGCCUGGUUGGAGCCGGGCUCCGUCCUGCCCCACGAUUGAGCUGACCUUCCGGAAUAAGGAGUUGGAGCUCGAGUAUGAGGCCAAACACCUGAAACAGGAGAACCUGAGACUACGAGAGCAGAACGAUGAUCUAAACGGACAGAUCCUCAGCCUGAGUUUGUAUGAAGCAAAGAAUCUGUUUGCAACUCAAACCAAGGCCCAGUCAUUGGCUGCGGAAAUUGACACUGCCACCCGAGACCAGCUAAUGGAAGCUUUUCAGGAGCAGGAGGAGAUUAAUCUGCGAUUGAGACAGUACAUGGACAAGAUCAUCCUGGCCAUUUUAGAUCACAAUCCCUCCAUCCUGGAAAUUAAGAAAUAAAGACAGUGGGACCCAGCGCCUGGGACGUGGGUUCUAGGCCCAGCUCGGCUCCUUACUGAGGGAUGGAGGCCUGAUAUCUUGCCAUUCUGUUUAUUUACUGGUUACAUGUGAAUUUAAAGUAAUAUCUGCUGGAAUUUGAGGUUUACUUCUGCACUUUUUGAUUCUGUGAAAGUAAUGAGUUUGUUUGGGAGGACGUUGACAUGUUUCACGCAUGGCCACCCUCAGGAGGUGACUUUGUUCAGUGACAGUGUGGGAGCA